AUUUUCUUCUCUUUUUGAGAAAGUUCCACAUUUUUUGUUAUGUGAUUUGUUAGCUAAACGUAAAUCAAUUAGGAAUGUAUCGUCGCAUUUGCCAGUGUUGCAGGUUUCCAAGCAUGUCAAAUUAUAAUAAGCCAAUUCAAUUACUUUGUGUGUUGGUUGUAGUUUUAUUCUUUAUCAACAAUCAAUUUGUUCAAAGGACUACGUGGAGUCGAGGGCUCAGAUCACCACCCCUAGAUUCGAGGAUUUUUCAAGAAAAGUCUGAAAUAGAACGUUCAACGUUGCCACCUAUUCCAAAAGGAUUUUUAUCUUCUAAACUUGCUUCUACGGCACGAUUAGCCAAUCACAUAUUUGAGCUUGUAUCAGUCUAUGGAAUGGCGAAAAGUCUUAAUCGGAAACCAGCAAUUUUCGUUGAAGAUUCAAAAUAUAAUUUAUUGAUCACAGGAGUUCGAAAAGUAUUACCGGGGCUGUUAGAUGAAUUUCAAAUUUUUGAAUAUCCAGUGCACAACAAAGCCACCAAAGUUCCGUUGAGUGAGAAAUGCUGUAUUUUUGAUAAUCCAGAUAAAUUUAACAAUAUCUCCAGCGAAUAUCUUCACUUGACUGGUCAUUUUUAUCAGAGUUGGAAAUAUUUCGAUAAAUACAAGGAAAAAGUGCAAAGUUUUGUAAAACCAGCCAUUGAUUUCUCGCCACUUCCCAACUCUGAUAGCAGUAAUUUCAUUUCCAGAAUUUGCAUACACAUUCGGAGAACAGAUUUUGUGGACGGUCAGCAUCAUUCUUCAAAUGUCUCCUUCAUAAAACCAGCUUUGGAGUUUAUCAAAGAACGAGAGCAGAAAGAUGUAAAUAAGAAAAUGUUGACAGUUAUUAUGGGAGAUGACCCAGAUUUUGAAGCGAAAAUGUUUGAGGGUACAGUACGAGCAAAGAAGGAGGCUAAGAUUGAAGAAACGACAAAAUACUUCGUUUCUGAAAACACUCCUCAGGACGAUCUAGCAUACUCACAUUAUAGUUGUGAUGCAACUUUAAUAACUGCUCCAUCUUCGACAUUUGGAUGGUGGCUUGGAUACCUUUCAAAAGGACAAGCUGUUUAUUAUCAAGAUAUUCGAUCUACAAAUGAUGUUAAUUAUAAAAAAGGAGUACUCGAUCCCGAUGACUUUUUCGUUCCAAGCUGGACAUCGAUAAUGUUGGACGAGAACAAGAAAGUCGUAGUUGUUACAUAGAAAUAAUUUAUUAAUGUACAAAUAAUUAUAAGAGACGUGUAGUGAUUAAUUCAACAUUGCGGUUGUUCAAUUGGUAUCGGUGCUUUAAAUCUUUCAAAGUUCAAUUUUUAUUUCAAGUG